UGUCCUCAUUUGAUUUGAAAAAAGUCGGCUGUUAGUAAAAGAAGUAAAGUAAAAAUUCAACAAUAUUCGGAUACCUGCGUCAGCAAGGCACUAGCUAACAAAAUUAUAAAAAAAAAAAAAUUCUAAACUUACUUUGAAGUGGUUGCACUGAGUGCAAUUGCAAACACAAACACACUCACUCGAAAAUGCAGCCCCCGCCACGUAAGGGAAACUAUGUGAAAUUCUUGAAGAAUUUACACACAGAGCAAGUGGCCAAGUUGCAAUUGAAGAAUCAACAUGAAUGCGAUUUGCUCGAGGAUAUACGACAAUUCACCAUUAAGCGAUCCGCCAUAGAAAAAUCAUACAGUGAAUCGCUGCUGAAAAUUUCAUCGCAAUACUUGAAUAAGAAGAUACCAAAUAUACCGGAUAUAAAAAUGGAGGGCAUGGAAGAGCGAUGGAACAUGUGGAGCGUUUGGCGUACAGUACUCGAAGAGAACGAAAAGCUCGCACGCGCUCGCCUCGCCGCCAUCGAAGUGUUCCAACAGCAGAUAGCCGAUGAGGCCAAGGUGUUACGUGACUACAAAUUGGCCAUUUCCAAGAGGGCGCUCUCACAAAUAGUCAACGUACAAAAGGAGCUACAUCUCAGUGUAUCCGAUGUGGAUAAGACAAAGAAACAGUAUUUCGAUGAGGAGCAUUGCGCACAUGAUGUGCGCGAUAAGGCACGUGACAUUGAAGAGAAGCUUAAGAAGAAGAAGGGUUCAUUCUUCCAAUCAAUUACAUCACUGCAAAAGAAUAGCGCACGCGUCACGUCACGCAAAGAGCUGCUGGAGGAGAAAUCGACUGGCGCACGCAAUGACUACAUACUCAGCUUGGCUGCAGCGAAUGCACACCAGAAUCGUUACUUCACCGUCGAUCUACAAACAACGAUGACCACCAUGGAGAAUUAUGUGUUUGAACGUGUGGCCGAGUACCUGACACUAAUGGGCCGCACCGAAUUGCUCACCUGUUCUGCCACACAGAACUCAUUCGGCAAGAUACGCGAUCAGGCGCAACAAUUGACACGCGAAUACAAUUUGCAGUGCUGCUACCUUUUCUAUCCAGUGCUGAAGCAACACAUCCAGUACGAUUUCGAACCGUGCGAUAAUGAUCCAGUACGGAAGAUUACCACCGAACAUGAGUCGGCAUCAGAAACGCUUACGAAAGAGGCUAAAAAUUUGGCGGGACGUGUGGUGAAGGAGAACUUGGCAAUACGUGAGGCGGCUAAGAAGUUGGCUAUUUGUGUGUCACUGCGUGACUCAGGACAACGCAGCGAUCCAAAUGAUCCGAAUGGACCAGAUUUGGACACAAAGAUUGAGGAGUUUAGGGAUUUGAUAAGGCGCUCUGAGACCGAGAAGGCCAAGGCCGAGGCGUGCUUGCAAAGUUUGCGUGAAGGUGGCAUCAAUGUGGACGAGUGGGUGCAAGAGGCCGAGAUUAUGGGCGUACAGGAAUUGGCAAGAUCGGCUAGCUCGAUCUCUAUGCGUACCGAUGCGUCCGGACAAGGGGAAAAUCCCAGCUCGGACUCAUUCUAUGACAGCGACAAGGAGGACGCUACUGCCACGCAGGCUGGUGCGGCCGCCAAAUCAAAGGUGGAGAAGGAAUUGUCGCGCGAUAAGACAUUUAGUGACAGCGAAGAAGAGGCGGACGAGCGUGUACCCGAGCCGAUUGCCGCCGUGCCGAUGAUGGCUGCCACUGGCGGCUGGGAUGACCCAACAGAAGUCAACUGGGGCGGCGAAGAGGAGGAGAAGGAGGAAUCCAUUGUUCCUGAACCGAAGGAGGCUAUCUUCAAGUGUACAGCUCUGUACAGUUACACUGCUCAAAAUCCAGACGAACUGACCAUUGUCGAGAACGAACAACUGGAGGUGAUUGGCGAGGGCGACGGUGACGGUUGGCUACGCGCACGCAACUAUCGUGGCGAGGAGGGCUAUGUGCCGCACAAUUAUCUGGACAUCGAACAGGAUACUGCCGUUAACGGUAGCUCAGGCAAUCAAUUGCGCUCACAAAUCUCAUUCUCAUCUGUCGAUUAUACGGUUGACAAUGAAGAUCAAACGGUGGAUUCCAUGCAGUCACCCGAUCAGGUGUCCGUCAUUAUGGCGCCACAAAAGAAGAAGGCACCCGACGUACUCUAUUGCAUAGCGCUGUACGAUUACGAUGCCACCGCCGAAGAUGAACUCACCUUCGAGGAGGGUCAAAUUAUAAAGAUUGUAACAAAGACGGCGCAUGGCGUAGACGAUGGCUGGUGGGAGGGUGAAUUGGAUGGUAAAUUUGGUAAUUUUCCAUCGUUGGUGGUGGAAGAGUGCGACGAGAAUGGUGAACCGUUAACGGAAGGUGGCGAUGAGUCACCACCACCGACCGCACCACCCAGCUUUGCGCUUCCACCGGCACCCGCACUACCGCCAGAGUAUGCGCACGAAUUGACCGAGGAUAUGUUUGAAUCACAGGACACGGCAGACGACGAUAGCGGCUACAUACCGAACGGUGGCGCACCCAGCAUGCCUCCACCAGUACUCAUACAAGAGCCUGGAAUGGAGGACGAUAUCAGCGACGAUGGUAAUCCGCCACCAUCGCUGCCGCCACCGGCUUUAAAUGUCGGCACCAGCAAGGAAGGUAAUUCACUAAAUUUAGGUAUGGCACAAAUAAUUGUUACUGCCGCAACCCCAAUGGUUGAAGACGGCACAGAUAAAUCUUUCCCUCCGGUAGGAGAGAGUGAUGGCGGCAGUGCAGCUGAAGCUGCAGCAACAGCGAAAACUGCCAGCGGCGGCAAUGACAAGGCUGUAAAGCAGAAAAAAGUGGAACCCAAACCAGUGGCACCAGCAGCAGCGGCCGAUGAAAAUGAGAAUCAUGAAGACGACACACACUCAUCCGAUCAGGAUCCCGACUCCGAGGUAAAAACUCUGCAGGAAGCCGAAGAUCCAUUCAAUGAAAAGGGCAGCGGUGAUGCUGGCGACGGAUUCGAGGCGAAUUUCGAAGCACAUUUCGAUGCCAACUUCGAUGAUGCUUUCUCCGGCGGUGCACAAUCUGCCGACAUCAAUGCCGAGCUGAGCGCUGAUGAUGUACAAACACCCAAGCAGGUGGUGGGCGGACGUGCAAGCAUACCUGAGGAAUUGGACUCAAAUCAAUUGGCACGAUUGCAGAAUCUAAAAGAGUCAAAUGCUUAAACGCAGCAAAUGAAUAAAAGUGAAAAGCGUGAAUGAGCAGUUGCAUUUAAAUACAAACAUAGUACUCAUAAAAUACAGCAAUGAAAAUGCACAGUGGCAACAAAAAAACAAAAGAAUAUUAAAAGCGGAUAUGCAAUGCGAAAAGUACAGCUGCAACUGAAAAGAAAGUUGCGAAAUGAUUGAAAAAAAAUAAAUAAAAAAAAGUACUUGUUGUACAUACAUACCUACCUACAUAUAUACAG